AGUUCAGUACGCGUGUUUUACGUUUUGCGUAAACCCAGCCUCCCUUCUCCCACCGCCCUUACAAGAGAGAGGAGGAAAAAAAAAAAAAAAAAAAAAAAAACUUUUUUUUUUUUAUUUUUAAUUGAGGAAUCAACAGCCGCCAUCUUGUCGCGGCUCGGUCUGCGCCGGAGCUGUCCGGGCCCUGUCAGGCGGUGGAGGAGGAGUAGGACAGGGAAGGGGGAAAGAAGGAAGCUUGUUCGUACACACAGGGGCGCUCUGCGGCACAGGCGGCGGCUCCUUCUCUCUCCACCCCCCGCCAUCUCCGGACUGGGCUGCUACUGCUGUUUAUUCCCCAGUUCGAGGCCCCGCUCGGUGGCUGCUUCUCAUUGUUUUCCCUCCGAGAGAAGAAAUCGGCCGAGCGGUUGUUGCAUUGGUUGGUGGAUCGGCGAAGGAUUGGGGCCCAGGCCUGACUCCCUGCACCUAUUCCCGGGGCCGGGGGAGUGAGUGAUGCCCGGGGCCUACACACAACCCCUCUGACCCCCACCGUGCAUUUUUGGGGGGAGCAUUAGCAACCCCAUUGUUACAUUCCCUCCAUUCCCCUCCUAGGGCUGCACCCCCAAUUGCCAAAUAUUGGAGUGGGGGGGGGCUGCUUACUUUCUCUGCUUUUUGGGGUCCCAUUUGGGGGAGGGUGGCCAAAUAUCCCAUAUAUUGCUGAAGGGUUUUGGGGUUAUCUAUAGUGGUUCAAUUUGGGGAUCACUCAAAAGGGGAUUUUGGGGGGCACAUGGUUUUCUAAUGGUUAGUUAUGUUGCAGUAGAGGAAUAAGAGCUUUAUAGACAACCAUAAAAGGGUGGGUGUCCCCCAUAUUUUGGGGUGUUCUUUGGGUAAUAAGGAAUUCUGGUUAUUUGGACCAUUUGAUUUAUUUCUCUCUAUACGGGAGACCCCCCUCCCCCUUUAUAUUCAGAGAGAGUUUGGCUUCUACAGGUGCAUUGGGGCAAUAGGGGGGCUCUGUUCGCAGGGUCCCCCAAAAGAAUAAGGCAUGCAUGACUCAAGGGGUUGCUGAGGAUUCCCUGGCAGCCGUUUACCUGUUCCUCCUCCUCCUCGGGGUGACACCUUUGGCUGUCUGUCAAGUGACCAAUCAAGAAAGGAGUGAAGAUGGCCGAGAACCUGCUGGACGGGCCACCCAACAGGAAGAGACCCAAACUGAGCUCAUCAGGCUUCUCUGCUAGCACUGACAGUACAGACUUUUCCUUCUUUGACUUGGAAAACGACCUCCCCGAUGAACUAAUUCCCAAUGGAGGAGAACUAAGCAUUUUGGGUACUGGGGGGAACCUGGGUCAAGAUGCAGCUUCCCAAAAUAAGCAACUGUCCGAUCUCCUACGUGGUGGAAAUGCAGGGCUUGGUGCAGCUAUGGGCAGAGGAGGCUCUGGCAGUCCAGUGCAUCAGGGAAUGGGAUCCCAACAAAAUAGCCCUGGACUUGGAAAUCUUAGCAAUCUUAACAAGAGCCCACUCAAUCAGGGCCUAUCUGUCACUCCACCCUCUGGACUUACCAAGACAACAACGGGGACACCUGGUCCAUCUGUUCCUGCCUCCCAAGCACAAAAACAAGUUAGUAUGGUGGCAGGCAGCCCGGCUGCUCCACAGGCACCUACAGGCAUCUGCAUGAACUCCAAUUUCAACCAAGGGCAUCAGGCUCUGCUCAAUAGUAACUCUGGGCACACACUAAUAAACCAGGCCCAGCCAGCACAGGGACAGGUCCUCAAUGGGUCUUUAGGUGUGGGAAGCAGAGGUCGGGGAACUGCCCUACAGUACAACUCACCCGGCAUGCAAACUAAUCCAGGAAGUGUCUUGGCAGAAACAUUAACACAAGGGACAGCAACCAUGCCAACUCAUGCAGGAAUGACAACUGCCCAGAGCGGAGCCAUGACUAAAAUGGGACUUCCAGGCAACACUAGUCCUUUUGGGCAGACAUUUAACCAAGCCGCUGGUCAGCAAAUCCGAGCCCAAGGAGUCAACCCUCAGCUGCCUGCAAAGCCUGCCAUGGCAAACAGCCUUCCUUCUUUUCCUUCUGACAUCAAAAAUGCACCUGCUGCUAAUGUUGCCAAUAUGUCUCCUUUGCAGGCUCAGGUUCAGCAAGUUGGUAUUGGCACAACGCCAUCCAUGGGAACUGGCCCAACAGCUGACCCGGAGAAGCGCAAGCUUAUACAGCAACAACUUGUCCUACUGCUUCAUGCGCACAAGUGUCAGCGGCGAGAGCAGGCUAAUGGUGAAAUGAGGGACUGCUCCCUGCCCCAUUGUCGCACCAUGAAGAACGUGCUUAAUCACAUGACCCAUUGUCAGGCCGGGAAGGCUUGCCAAGUUGCCCACUGUGCUUCCUCAAGACAAAUCAUCUCUCACUGGAAAAAUUGUACGCGGCAUGACUGUCCUGUGUGCCUGCCAUUAAAGAAUGCCAGUGAUAAGCGGAAUCAGAAUCUCCCAGUUUCUUUAGCAAGUGGAGUACAAAACCCCAUUGGGACAGCUGGAGCAGGCCAGCCUACUGCUCCUUCAUUAAGCAGCCCAAAUCCUAUAGAUCCCAGCUCCAUGCAGCGAGCAUAUGCUGCGCUCGGACUUCCCUAUGGGAAUCAGGCUCAAAGCACGGGGCAGCAGUCAGCGCAGACUCAGGUUCAUCAGCAGAUUCGUAACAUGAAUGCACUAGGUGGUAACCAGAUAAAUCUUACAGCGGGAGGAAUGGCUGUUGAACAGCAAACAAAUCUGAUCUCUGAAGCUGCUCUGCCCACUGCCUUGACAAACUCAAACUCAUUGCUGAGUGACGGGAACAGCCCAAGUACAGUUGGUAACCUUGGCACUAUGCCUACAGCAGCACCCCCUUCAGCUACAGGAGUGAGAAAAGCAUGGCAUGAACAUGUGACCCAGGAUCUCCGCAAUCACCUUGUACAUAAGCUAGUUCAGGCGAUCUUCCCCACUCCAGACCCUGCAGCCCUGAAGGACCGGCGCAUGGAAAAUUUAGUGGCAUAUGCUAGAAAAGUGGAAGGAGAUAUGUAUGAGUCAGCCAACAGCAGGGACGAGUAUUAUCAUUUACUGGCUGAGAAAAUAUAUAAAAUACAAAAGGAACUUGAGGAGAAGCGAAGGUCGCGUUUGCAGAAACAAGGAAUUGUGAGCAGCCAGACACCCUUACAAGCCCCUGGAACACAACCUACAGCCCUUACACAGACCACAGCUGCACUGGGACAGACUCCAUCUGUGCGGCCAACCAAUGGCCCAAUCUCCAUGUCUACAGUACCUACUAUGAACCGCAUGCAGGUAGCUUCAGGGAUGAACCAGUUCAGUAGUAUGACCAUUGGGAAUGUUCAAAUGCCCACAGCUCCUAUGGGUCCCCGUGCAGCAUCUCCACUCAACCACCCUACACAGAUGAACAACAUGGGAACGGUACCAGCUAUGGCCAUGUCUCCAUCCCGAAUGUCCCAGCCGCAGACUAUAAUAGGUGCACAUGCAGGCAGUAUGAUAGGGCCGACAAAAACACAGAGCCAAUUCUUGCAACAGAAUCAAUUCCCAGCAAGCACUGGCACCAUAUCUGUGGGACUGGGGCAGACUGGAGCAGCAGCUGCAGUUUCUCAGCAGGGACAAGCACCCACUGCAUCUCUGCCUAUCAGCAACUCAAUGAACAUGUUGGGCCCACAGACGAGUCAGCUUCAGCGACCAGCACUUUCCCAGUCGCCCCUUCAUCAAACUCCACCUUCUGUUACUGUUUCUGCCGUCAUGCCCCCAGUACAGCACCCUGUUCCAGCUGCUAUGACCCCUCCCCAACCCACUGCACCUGCUCAGCCAUCCACUCCGCUGCCUACUCCUGGGCAGACACCUGCUCCAAUGCCUGGCUCUGUUCCUAAUUCCAUGCAGUCACAAAGCACCCCAACAGUGCAAGCAGCAGCCCAAACGCAGCUCACUCCACAGCCGUCAACACCUGUGCCCAUUCAGUCUGUACCCACGCCACAACCUGCUCAGCUGCAACCUACGUCCGUGCAUGCACCAGCUCCUGGCACUCCGUUAUCACAGGCAGCAGCAAGUGUAGACAAUCAUGUGCGGACCCCAGCUUCUGUUGCCAGCACUGAAAACCAGCCAGCUCCGGAUCAUAUUAUGACGGAAGUGAAAGUAGAAUGCAAAAUGGAGGAGCCAGAGGUGUGUGAAAACCAAGUGGAGCCCAAAACAGAGGUGGAACCAGAAGCUCCAUCUCAAGUGAAGGAAACUGUGAGUGAGGGUCCUGAGAUGAAAUCGGAGCCAAUGGAAGUGGAGGAAAAGAAAACUGAAAUAAAAACGGAGAACAAAGAGGAGGAAGAAAACGGGGGCGCCAACAGUUCCCUUCAGUCCACUUCACCUUCUCAGCCGCGGAAGAAGAUUUUUAAGCCUGAAGAACUGCGCCAAGCUCUGAUGCCCACACUUGAAGCCUUAUAUCGACAGGAUCCAGAAUCCUUACCCUUUCGUCAGCCUGUUGAUCCUCAGCUGCUGGGAAUACCAGAUUACUUUGACAUUGUGAAAAACCCUAUGGACUUGUCCACCAUUAAACGAAAGCUUGACACUGGACAGUACCAGGAGCCAUGGCAGUAUGUUGAGGAUGUCUGGCUAAUGUUUAACAAUGCCUGGCUGUACAAUAGAAAGACCUCCCGCGUCUACAAAUACUGCACUAAGCUUGCCGAAGUCUUUGAACAGGAGAUAGAUCCCGUCAUGCAGUCUCUUGGCUAUUGCUGUGGGCGCAAGUUUGAGUUCUCUCCUCAAACACUAUGCUGCUAUGGGAAGCAGCUCUGUACCAUUUCACGUGAUGCUGCCUACUACAGCUAUCAGAAUAGAUACCACUUCUGUGAAAAGUGCUUCACAGAAAUCCAAGGGGAGAAUGUAACUUUAGGAGAUGAUCCUUCCCAAUCGCAAACGGCCGCCAUCAGAAAUCUUGGGCCCCGACAGGACGACGGCCUGUCCCCUUCCCGAUGGCGGCCCUCAGUGACGAUAUCCAAGGAGCAAUUUGAGAAAAAGAAAAACGAUAUGCUUGACUCAGAGCCUUUUGUGGACUGCAAAGAGUGUGGAAGGAAGAUGCAUCAGAUCUGCGUCCUGCAUUACGAUAUUAUUUGGCCAUCUGGCUUUGUCUGUGAUAACUGCUUGAAAAAAACAGGGAGGACACGAAAAGAAAACAAGUUUUGUGCAAAGAGGCUCCAAACCACCCGGCUAGGAAAUCACCUGGAAGAUCGAGUGAAUAAGUUCUUGCGGAGACAGAAUCAUCCAGAGGCUGGGGAAGUGUCCGUAAGGGUUGUGGCAAGUUCGGAUAAGAUUGUGGAAGUGAAACCUGGAAUGAAAUCCAGGUUUGUAGACACUGGAGAGAUGCCUGAAUCCUUCCCAUACCGUACAAAAGCUCUGUUCGCUUUUGAGGAGAUUGAUGGUGUAGACGUGUGUUUCUUUGGCAUGCACGUACAAGAAUACGGCUCUGACUGUCCUAUGCCCAACACCAGACGGGUAUACAUCUCCUAUCUGGACAGUAUUCACUUCUUCAGGCCACGUAGCCUUCGAACUGCUGUCUACCAUGAGAUUCUCAUUGGUUACUUGGAAUAUGUGAAAAAACUUGGCUAUGUCACAGGGCAUAUCUGGGCCUGCCCACCAAGUGAAGGGGACGACUACAUCUUCCAUUGCCAUCCGGCUGACCAAAAAAUCCCCAAGCCUAAGCGUCUGCAGGAGUGGUAUAAAAAGAUGCUGGACAAGGCUUUUGCUGAGCGCAUCAUUCAUGACUAUAAGGACAUCUUUAAGCAAGCAACCGAGGAUCGUCUCACUAGUGCCAAGGAACUUUCAUAUUUUGAAGGAGAUUUCUGGCCUAAUGUGUUAGAGGAGAGCAUCAAGGAACUUGAGCAGGAAGAAGAGGAGAGAAAGAAGGAAGAGAGUACAGCUGCUUGUGAGACCAUUGAGGGCUGCCAAGGAGAUAGCAAAAAUGCCAAGAAAAAAAAUAACAAAAAGACCAACAAAAAUAAAAGCAGUAUGAGUCGCUCCAACAAGAAAAAAAUCAUCAUGCCUAAUGUUUGUAACGAUCUCAGCCAGAAGCUCUAUGCCACUAUGGAGAAGCAUAAAGAGGUGUUUUUUGUGAUCCAUUUCUAUGCGGGGCCAGUUAUUAAUUCCCUCCCACCCAUUGUGGACCCGGACCCACUCUUGAGCUGUGACCUAAUGGACGGAAGGGAUGCAUUCCUGACUCUAGCCCGUGAUAAGCACUGGGAGUUCUCAUCUCUGCGACGUUCCAAGUGGUCCACUCUUUGCAUGCUGGUGGAAUUACACACGCAAGGCCAGGACCGCUUUGUCUACACCUGCAAUGAAUGCAAACAUCAUGUGGAGACACGCUGGCACUGCACAGUAUGUGAGGAUUAUGAUCUGUGUGUGAACUGCUACAGUGCAAAGAACCAUGAGCACAAGAUGGUGAAAUGGGGUCUUGGGCUGGAUGAUGAAAGUAACGGCCAGGGUGAUGCACAGUCUAAGAGUCCACAGGAGUCCCGUCGGCUUAGCAUUCAGAGAUGCAUCCAGUCCUUGGUGCAUGCCUGUCAGUGUCGCAAUGCCAAUUGUUCCCUUCCCUCGUGCCAGAAGAUGAAGCGGGUGGUACAGCACACCAAGGGAUGCAAGCGCAAGACGAAUGGUGGCUGCCCUGUUUGCAAGCAGUUGAUUGCCUUGUGUUGCUACCAUGCUAAGCACUGCCAAGAGAACAAAUGCCCAGUGCCCUUCUGUCUAAACAUUAAACAAAAGUUAAGACAGCAACAGAUCCAACACCGGCUGCAGCAGGCUCAACUUAUGCGACGACGGAUGGCCACUAUGAAUACACGAGCUGUUCCGCAGCAGAGCCUCCCAUCCCCUACCUCAGCAACACCUGGAACACCUACACAGCAGCCGAGCACCCCGCAAACUCCACAGCCUGCUCCACAACCAUCUCCAGUAAGCAAAGCUUCCCCAAGCUUCCCCAGUGUUCAAAGGACUCAGCCUCCAAUUGUAGCAUCACAGGGCAAGCCAACAAAUCCAGUUCCACCUGUGCCUCCCUCUCAGCCCACUGUGCAGCCCCCACCAGCUGCUGUGGCAGCUGCCCGGCAAAUAGAAUUAGAGGCACAACAGCAGCAGCUGUACAGGGUGACCGGCAUUGCAGAAGGGAUGACUAGUGCACGUCCUGGCAUGGUCAACCCAUCUGUUGGAUCUGUGAACCCCAUGCAGCAAAUGGGUAUGAAUGUGCCACGCCCCAGUCCCAUUGGUGCACCCCCUAUCAUUGCAGGAAUGCAGCCUGGGCAGUGGCCGGCAGCUCAACUCCCUCAGCAACCUCAAAUGCAGCAGAACAUCCAGCGACCAGUGAUGCAAAUGGCCACUGCACAGCAGGCAGUUGCAGGACCUCGUUUGGCAGGCGUACCCCCACAGCAGGCACGUAAUAUAGCACCUGCACCCAAUGCCUUGCAGGAUCUGCUGCGUACCCUCAAAUCACCAAGCUCUCCACAACAGCAGCAGCAGGUGCUUAAUAUUUUGAAGUCCAAUCCACACCUAAUGGCAGCUUUUAUUAAGCAAAGGACUGCUAAAUAUGUGGCCAAUCAGCCUGCAAUGCAGCCCCAGCAAGCACCCCAGCAGCAGCCGCAACAACCUGGCAUGCAUCCACAAGCUGGCCUGCAGAACAUGAGCCCCAUGCCGGUUGGAGUGCCGAGGGCAGCUGUUCCUCAGCAACAGCCAGGUAUGACUCCACAAGGUCAAGGUAUUGGCUUGAUGAACACCGCUCAUAAUACUAACCUGGCAAAUAUGAACCCGCAGUACCGGGAGAUGUAUCAUCGACGACAACAACUGUUGCAGCAGCAGCAGCAGCAACAACAACAACAACAGCAGCAACAGCAGAGUGGAGUAGGUAUGGCUGGGGGAUUGCCAGCCCAUGGGCAGUUCCAGCAACCCCAGGGAGCAUACCCGCAACCACAAGCCUUGCAACAGCAACGCCUGCAGCAGCAGCAUCUAUCUAUCCAGGGAGGUACCAUGGGACAGAUUUCACAGAUGGCACAGCCGGGACUUGGCAAUGAAGGUUCACAGGCAAGUCUCCAGCAUGCUUUGCAUCAACGUAUCCAGCAGCAGAUCAAGCAACAAAUUGCUUCAGGACAGGCUAAUGCUAUGAGCCCACAGCAACACCUUCUGACUGGCCAACCCCCCUCUGCCCAUUUAGCCACUGGCCAGCAAAUUGCAACUGCUCUAAGUAAUCAGGUGCGCUCACCAGCCCCUGUCCAAUCACCUCGGCCUCAGUCACAGCCUCCACAUUCCAGUCCUUCACCCCGUGUACAGCCUCAGCCCUCCCCGCACCAUGUUUCACCCCAGACAGGCUCUCCCCACCCUGGCUUGGCAGCCUCUAUGGCUAACUCCCUAGACCAGGGUCAUUUGGGAAAUCCAGAGCAGAGCGCCAUGCUUCCGCAGCUCAACCCCCCCAAUCGUAGUGCCCUAACAAAUGACUUGUCCCUGGUUGGAGACACUUCAGGGGACACCUUGGAAAAAUUUGUUGAAGGGUUGUAGCAUCUGCAAAACGGCCACGAACUGGAGGAACUUCAAUAACGGAGGUCGGGUUUUUAUAACCCCACACAUCUCCUAUUUUGUUAUAUAUAAAUAUAAAUAUAUAAAUAUCUUAUCUACCCCCUCAGUGGACAUUAUUUUAAAAUACAUUUUUGUUUGCCUGUUGAUUUGCUGGUCUGUACAUCAGGGAAACGGGGGCUCAGUCUGGACUGAGACCGCUGUCCUCCCACCUCCCCCUGUUUAACCCUUGCGCUGCCAGAGAAAUUUUAUAGUGCGCUGCUGAGCAUCGCCACGCCCCUUCUCUAGCAGUGGUUGCUAUGACAACUGGACAGAUUUGUGUUUGGGGCAGUGAAAAUGACCUGCUCCUUUGGGUCAUUUUGGAUUUUUAUCUGCACGGCCGGGAGGGGGGGGGGGAGGUAGGUCUGGCAGCAAUAGUGGUUAACUGCCCUUCUUUUAUUCUCACUCUGGCCUCUUAUCUGUCAGGUCAGCCAUCUUGUUCUGGCAGAGAGAAAGGGCAAAGUGUAAUUACGCUGAUCUAUGUGUAAUUUGUUUAUAUUUCUUCAUUUUUGAGGACUGUCUCGGGUGUUUUUUCAUCUUGCAGCUGCAGAGCCUAAAACAAAAACAAUGGAAAAUUGGGGAGGGGGGGGGUUUGUCUUACCACUUGUAACUAUAUCAUAUUCUCCAAAUCCAGAAAUAUCUACAUUUCCAUUGGACGUCUAAAUAAAAAAAGGGGGGUGCAGGUGCGCUGUAAACAAACGGGGUUCUUUUUUUCUCUGCUCUAACGUAUGACUACAGAAAAGCUCUUCCACCAAAUCCCCCCCAAACCCCUCUGUUUACAUUUUAAAAAGGAGUCGGAGGGAAAAGUCGUGCAAUCUGAUUUCAGCCUCAAACCGAAAACUCUAAUUUCUAUUUUAUUAUUAUUAUUAUUUUGUUUUUGUGUUUAUGGCUGGGGCAUGAGACAGAGAAGAGUUCCUGCAAACUUUUUUGGGGCGGUUGUAUUUAAAACGAAAAAAAACAAAAAAAAAAUCCAAGCAAUCACAAUGUUGAAUCAUGCAAGUUCUACCCGUCUAAAUAAGAAGAGCUUGGCAAAGAGACUCCGAAUCACUGUACAGAAUGGUAGAAGGCGCGAGACACAAAAAAAAAACAAAAAAACGAUGGGAGCAUUUGUUAACGCGAUGACAUUAACUCUUUUGCUGCCAGAGGGGCCAGGCUUCAUUUGACCUCUCUGACAGCGGAGUGGAAAUUCUGUCUUGACAGCAGCUAUUUUCUUGCUGAGUAAAAGUGUACAUGGUAUUAAAACUUCAGUGUUCUGGGUUUUUUCAUUCUUUCUAUUUUUGUUAAUGAAAAUGCUGUUUUCAACAUUGUACGCUGGACUAUGCAUGUUUUCUUUUUUUUUUUUUUUAAUUGUAUAUAAAGUAUUGCUUAAAAAUUGAUAUAAAUUACUGAAAUUUUUA